AUGCACAAAAUCUUCAGCCGACCACAAUUCUACCCAAAAGCCAUCUUGAUGAUCGCCUCCGCAUUUCUCAUUAUAUUUUCAUUUCACGGCAAAACGAGCACAACGUCGGGACACUUUGCCAAAAGAAACGUCGAAUCGAGUGUCGCGGCUGUACCACAAAAUGGGUUAAAUACCAGUGUCAAUUCGCAAAUGCGGAUUCUCGAGUUUGAGAAGAAAUUUUGUCUUUACAAAACUAAUUGCACAAUUUUGCAACCGAUGAUUGACUACAGUGGGCGCCAUUUGAUGGCCGAACACUUUGGCAUCGCCGCCUGUGCAAUCCUCAAAAAUUUCUCCACCGUCCUCACCUCAAUUAUGUGCUACCUCUACGAUAUUGCCAGCUAUGAAAAUGUUGUGCAAGAUAUGAUGCAGGAUACCUGGGAUUUCAGGCACUGCGGCAAUAAGAACGAAUUCUUUGGGGCCGGCGGGCAGCGGAGGAUCGAGAUGGCCAAGAUGCAGAGCAAGCUGAAUUUGUGGAGAUAUUAUGUGCUGACGAGGGAGCCGAUGGAGCGGUUUAUUUCGGGGUUUUUGGACAAAUGCGUCAUUAAAGCGGAAGCCAAAAAUAAGACCGUCCCGACCGGAACCUCAUGCUAUGGAUGCAAAGGAGACCUAGCUUGCUUCAUCAAGGCCCAAUACAACUCAUUUUUGGUAGCGACCAGGGGCGGAAAGCCGGGCUACAGCAUGGAGAACGAGCAUUUUGCACCACAGACGUGGUACUGCCAGCUCGGGAGCCAUUUCUCCGAGUAUCGCUUUUUCCACUAUUCCCAUCCGACAACCGGACAAAUGCUCGACGAAUUGUUUGAUGAAUUUGAGGCGCUGGGAGUGCCAAAGAGGAUGGGAGACUACGAGGACCUAACUUUUCUCUGGCUCCCACCACAUCCAACUUCCCCUCCCGACUACCCGAUACUAGAUGAAGAGCAUAAAAUCGCCUAUGGCAUCCCACAAAUCGUUGCCGCGUUUAUAGGAUUUCCAGUGAAUAUUGGGAUGCUGAUCGUCGCCAUCCGACGCACCAAAGAUCUCUGUUCUACCUUUUUCUAUUUUAUCCUGGCCCAGCUAUGCCUGCUCAAUCUCAUUCAAAUGCAAUCACAUAUGGUGGCUGCCGUCAUUACAUUAGUCGCUGAUACUGGUCCUAAAUUUUCUAUGCUAACAAUUCCGCUGGGCUACGCCGCAUGUUUUUCAUCAGAUUUAUUGAGAGGCGUCAUUUCGCUUCAUCGCAUGACCCUAAUCGCCUUUCCCCAUCGAGCCAAGGACAUACCGAAAUGGGUAUUUAUGACAAUUUUAAUCUUUGAUAUAUUUUUAUUCUUCUUUGUCGCUAUUAAAUUCUAUACCCCACAAGGUGCGGCGUACUUUUCUCCUAGGCAGCUACUAUUCCUAAAAUUCGACAAGAUUUGGAUCUUCUCCCAGAUCACAAAUCAGAUCCGAAUCUGUUGCAACUAUAUUUCAUUGGUUGCCGGAGCGUUGAGUUAUGCCGUUAUAACGCCAUUACUUCUAUUUCACAAGCGGAAGUUGAAGAAAGCCGAUUAUACCAUUACCAUCCAGCUAUUCGUCACUUUCUGCUGUUCUAUCAUCUGCUUUGUCGGCUGGGAAGUGGUGUUGCCAUGGGCUGACGACUCGACCCCUACCACCGCAGUCUUGAUUAAUUUUAUUUCACAACUUUUAUGGGUCCUCCAGUGCUCACAGGAGCCUGCUGUGCUUUUUAUUUUUAACAAAAGCCUCCGCCGUGACCUUCGCGAUACUUUUUUUGGGGUACCGUUGGGCCGGAUGCAGCACCUCACAGUCAGCAUGGACACGUCGUCGAGGCACACCAGCGGGCCCAACGUAUUCCAGAAGGCGUCGGCACAGCAACAUACCAUCCAAGCCUGGAAGGGCAACACAAAUCUUAAACGGCCUUCUCAA